AUGGAUCCAACUAUUAGGCAAGAGAUUGCCGACGCAGUCAAGGCAGCUGAACGUGAUCAGCUGGUGCAAGGAGCCACACGUCUGCUUAACAUCCUCCAGAAGCAUGGGUUGGUGGUGAAACAGCAGCUUGUUCCAGACCAAGUGGGCACGCACCCUGCCAACAGGGACGGUCUGGGUCUGAAUUCGCAGGACAUCAUGGAACUGAUUGCCGCCAUUUGUGAAGUUGGCUUCGAUGACAGUGUGCCAAACCCUUUGUGCAUUGAGAUCCCUUCGACCGAUAGGCAGAUCCACGGUUUCAACAAGGUUUUGGUUGAGCAGAGCAACGGAGUUCUGCCAGAACUGAAUGCCAAUGUCAUGAAGUAUGCGAGCAUUUCAUGCUCGCAUACAAAUGCAGCCUUGAGGUGCCUGUCUCAUGGGUCAGCGGGAUGCCCAGGCAUGCAUGAUGACUUGAUGGUUUUGGGCCGCUUCUCCCUUGAGCUCCUUGGGAGGAAGGAUCCAACCUUCCUGGCAGCUUGCCAGCACGGGUUGACGUGGCGAGUGAUCAGUCACCAAGUGGUGACUGAAUUCCCAGACGCGCCAAGUUUGCUGCAGAGUGCCCUCAAUGCCAGUGGCCACCUGGGCAAGCCUGAACAUGAGGUCCAGGUUUUGCGCAGAAUCUACAACUUGAUCCAGAUCCAAGGAGGCAAGCCAUGGAGUGAUGUCAAGGCCACCAUCUUGAGGAGCCGACCGGCCUGCUCAGCUGCAGCGCCAUAUAUGCAUCGGUUUGUGCAGAAGAUGUCAUUCGGUGCUCCUGGGCUUUGGGAGAGGGUGGAAACCUUCCUGAAGACGUCUGCCAACAGUGGCAGGCAGCUUGGGCCGGAAUUCUUCGAAAGCUUAGCUUGCGAGCCAAAGCCAGCAACCUCGGAUGCAUGCAUAUACCUGAGGCAUGCCAUGCUCCUGGCAGCUUACACGAUUCCUGUCACCAAGUUCCUCACAGAUCAGGAUGUCAAGAGGUUGUUGUCCAAGGAUUUGAAAGCAAAGGCUGAGAGUGCCAAUCAGCUCAUCAUCAAAUGCUGGAAGCUUGUGAGAGACCACCAAAGCAUCAAGUUGGAUUUCCCUAUCCAAACCGCCAUGGCAGCCUUUGAGAUUGACCUCAUCCUGAUGCUUCUCCACAAGCGACAUGCAUCUCUUGUUGUCGCACUCACCGAGGGUGAGGCAGCGUGCAAGUUGAUGGACUCCAUUGAAGUCUUGCAGGGCAUCAGACCUUCGAAUGAGUGGGAUGGAUCGAGGCCGUCGACCAGCCUGGACCCUCAAGGUUCCAAUCCUGAAGAGACGGUGCGGAACUUCACAGAUGGCCUAUCCAGCCCUGAGAUGGUGGCCAAGGAGCAUGGCUUUGAAGUGGGCAAGUACAUCCGUCGGAAGGCUGACAAAUGCAUUGGCAAGAUUGAAAGUUUUCAUGGCAACAAAGUCCGCAUCUCUAUCGAGGAAGGCCCUCUCAGCGCUGGGAAGGCUGAGCUAUCGGUGGAAGUUUUACUUUCUGGAAAGUGGAAAGUCAUUGAGAUGAAAGACAAGCCUGAGCAGGUGAAGUUCAACUCACCGGUCCUUUCACUGGAGUGGCAGACACAGGUCAUCAAAGCCCAGAUCGUGCAAAAGUUGUGGGAGAUGGAACGAGACUGCCAGCAUGUUGCGGCAAACCUCACUGUCCAGGUGAAGCCCAAGAGUGUCUUCACCACGGCACCAUUCCCCAAGCAUCAACUCAAGCUGGUCCCGGCUUCUUGGAAGGUGGACGCAGUGGACGUUGGCAAUCCGAUUCUCAAGGACAAAUUGGGUUUGUGUUUGGGUCAGUGGUCCCUUGCGCCUGGAGCAGACCCGAAGCAUGUCUUCUACAUCCAAGGGGUUUACAUUCCUGACAAAGAUGGAAACACGAACAAGUCAUUCUUGGCCCCGUUUUGGUUUGUGAAGUCAUCGACCAAGGCUGAAGAAGCCAACCUAGAGUUUCACCCCAAGGUGUUGAAAUACGACAAAGAAAACAGGCAUCAGCAAGUGCCUAUCUUGAGAAACAUCAAGGCUUUGAGUGCUGAAGAAGAGCUUGUGUGCUAUAUUCCGGCCAAAGAGCCAGAGCCAGAACAUCUCCACAUUCUCUCUGCUCCUGCCAAACGGCAGAGGACCAAGGGUUCUACUGCAUAA